GUUGGAUAGUGUUUGAUGCCAAAGAUUGAAGGGGAGGGCGGGGCAGAAGUGGGAAGGUCCCUGGCUUCCUCACCUUGGUAGAUGAAGCAAAAGCAUCAGAGCUGGGUUGAGCGGUGAUUUCAGGGAGCCUCUAUUGGAGAGGCUGCUGUGAUUUGAAACCUCCUUUCCUUGGAUGACUGAUUCUAGAAGGCUCUGGAUGAAUUGUAUUGGGUACAACCCCACCCGGAAGCUGCGGGCCUGGGGCGGCCUGGCUGGAGGUGCAACCCUCAUGGUAAUCUGGCUUUUUUGGCUGCUGGGAUCUGCUCCUAGGAGUGCCCCGGUGCACAAGCCCACCCUCACCAUCCUUAUCUGGCACUGGCCUUUCACGAACCAGCCACCAGAGCUGCCUGGUGACACCUGUACUCACUAUGGCAUGGCCAGUUGCCGUCUGAGUGCUAACCGGAGCCUGCUAACCAGUGCUGAUGUUGUGGUCUUCCACCACCGUGAGCUAGAGACCCGGCGAUCUCGCCUGCCCCUGGACCAGAGGCCCCAUGGACAACCUUGGGUCUGGACCUCCAUGGAAUCGCCCAGUAAUACCCAUGGUCUCCAUCACUUCCGGGGCAUCUUCAACUGGGUGCUGAGCUAUCGGCGCGAUUCAGAUAUCUUUGUACCCUAUGGUCGCUUGGAGCCCUUCUCUGGGCCUACACCCCCACUACCGGCCAAAAGCAGGAUGGCUGCCUGGGUGGUCAGCAAUUUUCAGCAGCGGCAGCAGCGUGCAAAGCUGUACCGGCAACUGGCCCCUCAUCUGCAGGUGGAUGUAUUCGGACGCGCCAAUGGACGGCCUCUGUGCGCUAAGUGUUUGCUGCCCACCGUGGCCCGGUAUCGCUUCUACCUGUCCUUUGAGAACUCACAGCAUCGGGACUACAUCACUGAGAAGUUCUGGCGCAAUGCACUGGCCGCUGGUGCUGUGCCUGUGGUGCUGGGACCUCCUCGGGCCACCUAUGAGGCUUUUGUGCCACCAGAUGCCUUUGUACACGUGGACGACUUCAGCUCUGCCCGCGAACUGGCUGUCUUCCUUGUCAGCAUGAAUGAGAGUCGUUACCGAGGCUUCUUUGCUUGGCGAGACAGGCUCCGUGUCCGGCUCCUGGCUGACUGGAAGGAGCGCUUCUGCACCAUCUGUGCCCGCUACCCUUACUUGCCCCGCAGCCAGGUCUAUGAAGACCUUGAAAGCUGGUUCCAGGGUUGAACUCCUGCUGCUGGGAAAGGCUGUGUGGGUGGAAGACUGAUGCUGAAACUUAAGAGCUAGGCAUCCAGGCUUUAGGUCACCAUGGCUUAAGGUCAGUGAACAGGAAGGAAAUCAGGAUAUGAAGAGAAGACUGGGCUGAGAAGCCAUAUGGAUGAGGACUCUGGUGGGCUUUAGAGUAGGGAUCCAGGGGAAGAGACAAUUAAUUAAUAAGGAGCAUGUGGGGAAAGCUAGUCAAACGGGAAAUGUGGCCGAGGGUCCCUGACUUACCUUGAACAUGCCCAUGGCUGAAGGCUCAGAUGAAAAGGGGAGGCAGUAUCUCUGGAGCUGGGACAAACACAGGACCCUAGACGUCAACAGUCAAGGUGCUUAGCCUCAAGGAUACAGAUGCCUGUUCUAGAACUCUGGGUGCAAACUGUACACUGGGCACAGGGGGUUGUGGGAGGACAGUGCGGAUGAUUCUGGGCUUUCAAUACUACAGUCCCCUCAGGGGAAGGGGCGCCACUAAUAAAGAGACUGACAGAAA